AAUGUCAUAGCUCUGAUCUAUUUCUUUUUGUAUAUCUUUUACUUCGCGCCAUCUUUCGACUACUGCGAGCUUUUCUUUUCUCUCCCCUCUUAUUUGCCAUGGCUGGCCUAAACUAUAGUAAAUGGGAUCAUAUUGAGGUAUCUGAUGAUGAGGAUGAUACCCAUCCUAACAUUGAUACACCGAGCCUUUUCCGAUGGAGGCACCAAGCUAGAGUUGAAAGAGAUGCACAAUGGAAUAAGGAAAAGAUAGAAUUUGAAACAGGUCUUAAGGAGCAUUUAGGGAAAUAUGAAAAAGCAGAACGUGCUUUGAAUGAAGCACUUAAGAGCGGAUCGAGAGACCUUGCAAAAUAUAAGAAAGAUAUGGAAAAAAUGGAAGAAGAAAAUGAAUUGUGGAAAGUGAAACAAGAAGAAUGGAAGAAAAAAGAAAAGCUGCGCCCUUGGAAUAUAGACACUAUUUGCCAUGAAGGAAAAUCAAAGACCUUUAUUAAUUCAGCAAAGCUUAAGUUUGAAAAACCGGAAAAAGAGGACGAUGAAACAGCUAUACAAAGACUUAAAGAUUUUGUCGAUAAACAUAGAAAACUAAUCAGGCAAUUCGGACUGUUUAGUAAGCCCGCUGAUUCACAGAAAUUUCUUUCUGAGCACCCUUAUCUUGUUUGUGAUGAGACCGCAAAUCAGCUUGUUCUAUUGUGCAUUGAUUUAGCAGUGGAAGAAAAAUUUGACCUAAUGAAUCAUGUGUCGCAUCAAUGCAUCAUCAUGCAAUUCAUGCUUGAAUUAGCUAAAUCUCUUAAAGUUGAUCCCAGAGCUGUUAUCCGACUUUUCUUUGCUAAAUUCUUAGAUCCCGAACCGGAAUAUAAGAAGGCUUUUGAGGAUGAGCUAGAGGCUUUCCGACAAAGAAUUCGAGCUCGAGCGAAUGUUCGCAUUGAGGAAGCAAUGGCAAAACUGGAGGAGGAGGAGAAAAUGCAGCGGUUAGGUCCUGGUGGGUUGGAUCCUGUAGAGGUCUUUGAAAGUUUACCUAAAGAGCUUCAGACUUGUUUUGAAACAAAGGAUGUCAGUCUUUUAACGCAGACUAUUAUGAAAAUGGAUCCUAAGGAUGCUGAAUAUCAUAUGAAAAGAUGCAUUGAUAGCGGGCUCUGGGUUGAAAAUGCGUCUAAGAUGGGAGAUGAUAAUGAGGCUGGACAAAAAGAUUCCGAAGAAAAAUCCUUGGCUGAAGAAGUGGACGAGGAGGAUCAGAGGAUUAACGAUGUUGGGGAAUUCUCCAAAUCCUAA